GCGCAGUAUCGCGACCAGCCCCGACCGGUACACACGAUGAUUGCGUUUGCGCUCGCCGCCGCGCUGCUGUGCGCGUUGGCCGGCCACCCCGGCGCUGGGGCCAGCUUCCACUGUGCCAUGCGCCGAGAGAUAUCCCCCUGCACCUGCCGGAGAGACGACCACGGUACCGGCGCCAUCCUCGUCAUCUGCCAGCGCAUCAGCACCUACGAGGACGUCGCGAGGGCCCUCACGAGCAAAUUCAGCCCCGAAACCAAAAUCGGUCUUGACGUAUCCUACUCCCAGCUACCGGACUUCGCCGACCACAGCUUCCGUGAACUCGGGCUCUCGAUAACGAGGCUCAAACUCAACUACGACAACUUAAGUGAUCUGAAGGAGAGCGUUUUCACGAAGCUAGAUUUACUCGACUACUUCAGCUUGGCUGAUAACUCGUUUACGGAAAUGCCGAGGCACGUACUCCGACAUAUGCCGCACGUCAAGACCCUUGACUUCUGCAGGAACAAGAUCACCAAACUCACGGAGGAGGAUUUUCAAGACAUUCAAGAAUUGGAACAUCUGGUGGUCGCCGACAAUCAAAUAUCCAAAAUUGAGAAGCACGCUAUUCCGAAGGGAUUGAAACAUGUUCAUUUGGGAAUUAACAAACUCAGCUCUUUGAACGGAGCUCUGCGGGACCUGGAUUAUUUGGAGUGGAUUUUCAUUAACGCGAAUCACCUAAAAUCUAUCGACAACGAAUUGCCUGUGAAAGCCAAAAAGAUCACGCUCAUACACGCUGCCCAUAACGAGUUGCAAAAUUUGCCGAAAGAUUUGACGCAAAUGCCGUCGCUGGAAGCCAUGUUUUUCUACGACAAUCAUAUCAAAUCACUAGACGGAGCGCUGCAAAAGUCGAAAAGGCUUACAAGAAUAGGCCUGUCGUUUAAUAAAAUUGAAAGUUUGGCCGAAGAUGAGUUUGCUGAAACAGAAAUAUUAUCAGAAUUGGAUAUGGCAUAUAAUCAAUUGCGGUCUCUGAAUGGUUCUCUAAGAAAUUUGAAAUCUUUGCGCUAUUUAAAUUUAACUCACAAUUUUCUCACUGAAUUCUCCUUACAAGAUAUCAAAGGACUUAAACGAUUGUCUGUGAUAGAUCUCUCUCACAACAAAAUAACCAGCAUAACCGGAAAUAUGAAUCUUGUGGAUGUUGAAACCAGAGUAUUAGAGUUGCGGUUGGAUCACAAUCAUAUUCUGAACUUGGGCGGAGCGCUGAUGGGUCUUCGUGGACUCCUAACGCUGAAUUUGAGCAACAACCAGAUACAACAAAUAUCACCUGAUGACCUUAUCGGCCUAGAAGAUCUGAGAUACCUGGAUGUAUCUCACAACCAUAUUACUACUUUGGAGGAAACCUCGAAGACGUUUUUGCCAUCGCUUGAGGAACUUAUCGCUCACCAUAACAACAUAACCAUGUUGGACAAAGAUUUUCAUGGCCUGCCGUCGCUGUGCAAGGCCGAUCUAUCCUAUAAUAAGAUUCAGUCAGUGAAUUAUGAAGUCGUUUCGAAAUCAAGAUGUACGAUCAAUGGAGUGCCCAGUAUAUUGAAGAUUUAUCUUCAAGAUAAUCCUGUGUUAUGCGACGAGCGUUUGUACGAGUUGAUGACAAUACUGGGAAGCUUAAACGCCCGACUCAGCGGCGUAUCAACUUGUGUCGCUACACAAACUUCGGCGCCCGUUCUGAUGAGGGCGCUCAAUGAUAUAGUUCCCGAUACUCCUGUUCUUGUCGUCACACAACUAGGAACGGGGGUCCAAGUCGUGGAAGGACGAGAGACAAUACCAUCCCAGCUUGCGUAUCAACGCGUCGGCGCGCUAAUUGGGCACGUUAUGCCGGAGCGCGAAGACGGUAUCUCGGUCGUCGUGGACCCACCAGUUACGCUGCCCCCGGAAAACACUAACGUGGUUGUCAAAUGGCCGGAUGAAAGGAGAGACAAAUCUCACCCUCUCGCGGAUCAUCUGCGUCUUCGUGAUCUUAACACCUCCCCGCAGUGAAAGAGUGUCGUUCACCGGCGCCGCCGCACGCCGACGUCUAAGAACUCAGUGCUUCGCCUUAGAAAACUUACUGACCUAACCUGGGCAGAGUAUCUUCUGUUUCGUUUGGAUGCAUGGAAUUCCUUGUUUAAGCCUUCGCGAUGUAUAUAGAAGACAUAAUUCAAUGCAUCUUUUAUCAUUUGGAGUCUUUAAACGCGACGAGCGAUGCACAUAACUAAGUUUAUACCUAGAAUAUAGAAUCUGAAUGUGUAGAUAAAUGAUUUAUUUUCGAUGAUUGUUUGAGUGAUUGUGUAUCCGAUGUAUUUGUAGCCAAUAAAUUCGAUUACUUAUGUUGUGUAUUAGACUAUUUGUUAUAAACAAAACAUUGGUGUCGCAAAGUUUUAUUAACGUGUAGAAAAUUGUCGCAUCCGUGGAUUAUUCUAACAAUCUCUCAGCUAAUGUAUAAACUAUAAAGUUGUACCUACCUAAAAUUAUUUAUGUAAUGUAAUAUUAUUAAUUGUAGAAUAUAGAUAUUAAUUUAAUUUAUAUUGGCAAUUAACAAUAUGGCGGGGGAAAUGUCUUAAUGUAUACUAGGACUGGAAGAAAUGUUUUGCUUCUGGCAAUACUUAGUAAUAUAAAAUUACACAAAAACGCAUGCUUUUAAUUCAAUUGUAUCUAUCUUUUAGACAGACACGCUUUUUUAAAUAUUUCUUUCAAUUGAUUGUAUACCUACUAAGUACAAUAUUAACAUGUAAUCUAAAAAAAAUACUAAACAAAAAUAGUCUUUUACUUAUAAUCUACCAACAGGAAAACCGUUAUAAUUAUAGCUAUAAUUUCACUGUAUGAAGAUAAAAUAACGAUUGUAGUUGUUGUUUGGAAUAAAUAAUACAUGAAAGA